AUGUCCUCCUUUUUUACGCUGCCAGCCUCGCAGCGCAAGCGGAAAAGGGAAGAUCGUGUCGCCGCACCUGGGUCAAAGAAGCGCGGGGUGGCAGUCAAUGGGGAUUCUCGCGGCAAACAGUCAUCGCAGAGACAGGAACGGGAUGAGUCGAUAUCCGGGAGCGAGUCGGAAGACGACCAAGGCUCUGACGUGUCUGGCCUCUCUGACGAGGAUGGCGACACCUCUGAAGACUCGGAGCAAGGCGAGACGGGUGCGGACCGGAGAUUGAAGCUCGCCGAGAGGUAUCUGGACAAUAUCCGUGAGGAGGUAGACGAGGUCGGGUUCGAUGCUGCAGAGAUUGACCGUGAUCUUAUUGCGGAGAGACUGAAGGAGGAUGUGGACGAAGCCAAAGGCCGCAUAUUCCGCCAAUUAGCCACUCAAGUAGAUCUCCCAGCGGCUUCACUUUCGUUCUUUCGUGCAGAUACGCAGUCUACGACGGCUGUCGCCGUGCAUCCUCCCUUUGCCUACACGGUUUCGAAAGAUCGCACUCUGAUCAAGUGGGAAUUGGCCACACCACGAGCGGAUGAACCCCCGGCAUUAUCAAACGGUGACAGCGGGCGUCGAUCCCACCCGGGGCGCACGAAACCAAAAAAUCUAAAAUUUGUCAAAGGACUGCGAAAAGUCCGCGGAAGUCGAGAGCGUCAGGGUCAUACUGGGAACAUACUAUCCGUGGCAGUAUCGCCGUCCGGAAAGUUCGUUGUUACUGGAGGAGACGACAAGAAGCUGAUCAUCUGGGAGGCCGACACACUCAGCCCUGUGAGAACGUUUACUCAACACCGCGACGCUGUCAGCAGUCUGGCAUUCACUCGACACAUCUCGAGUCACAGCUCUGGCGAGCAACUAUUCUCAGGCUCCUUUGACCGAACCAUCAAGACAUGGUCACUCAGCCCGGGGGGGCAUGCCUACGUGGAAACACUAUUCGGCCACCAAGACAACGUCCUUUCAGUGGCCUCGAUGAUGACAGACCAGUGCGUGAGCGUCGGCGCCCGCGACCGAACCGCACGACUCUGGAAAGUCGUCGAUGAAGCGCAGCUCGUCUUCCGCGGCGACUCGUCCAGAAAGGAAGAAUACAAAACCAACAACAUCGAAUGCGUAACCGCCAUCCCGCCAACCCAUUUCGUCACGGGCUCCGACUCGGGCGCGCUGUCGCUGUGGUCAAUUCAUAAGAAAAAACCGCUGCACACGAUCCCUCUCGCUCACGGCCUCGACCCGAUUCCGCCGCUAGACCAGCUGUCACCCGAGACUGACGUGAAGACGGCCGCGCGCAACGCUCGGUUUAUGCGGCGCAUGCCACGCUGGAUCACGGCGCUGACAGCUGUGCCCGGUACAGAUAUUGUGCUGAGCGGCAGCUGGGAUGGCUGGAUUCGCGCGUGGCGUGUUUCGGAGGACAAGAGGUUUCUCUCUGCGCUGGGGCCGGUGGGAUGUCCGUCGCCAUCGUCGUUGUCGUUAUUAUCAUCAUCAUCAUUAUCUUCAUCAUCACAACUCAAACAGACCCUCUUCAGCGAUAACCAGACCAACUCUCCAACAAACCCAGAAAUAGAACCCGCACCAGAACCAGUUUCAGAACCAGAACCCCUCCUCAAAGGAGUCAUCAACAGCAUCGCCGUCUUCGAACGCCGCCCUACCUCAACAAAAUCUACCCAAAAUGAAAAAGGAGGACUCUGCAUAGUCGCCGCCCUGGGCAAAGAGCAUCGCCUCAGCCGGCUGAAAUGCUUUGAGAACAACCACCACAACGGAGCCAGCGCGCAGGGCCGUAAUGGCGCGGUUGUUUUGGAAGUGCCGUUCUUGGAUACUGUUGAGCAGCAGCAUGAUGAUGAUUCUGGAAGUGUAUGA